AUGGUGCCUGCGCCAUUACCAUUACCGACGCGCUUCCCGUGCUGGGUCAGGGCGGUUUAUUCUUGGGGAGGAGAGAGCAAGCGAGAUCUUGGGUUUAUUGAGGGAGAUUUAAUUGAAUGUCUGAAUGCCGGCGAUGGCUCGUGGUGGACAGGUCGUCUAUUUCGCGACAGAAGAGCGGUCGGACUGUUUCCUUCUAAUUUUGUCGAAGUAUUGCCAGAGACGUUUCGCCCAACGACGAGGUCAACCAGCCCCUUGCCAAACGGUAAUACACCAAGUCCAAAGCAUACGCCACAAAAAUCCAGGACGUUUCGGAAACCAUUCGAGGCUUAUGCAAAAGCGCCGCAUUAUACGACGGCAAAGGUCCCAGAAACGUUCAGAGAUGGCUACAAGAAAGAAGAUGCCAUUCCAGUCGCCCGAUCCCGCGAUACAUCGGUCAACUCGAUGGACAAUACCUCCCCAGUCCGCCCAUCUACUAGAAGGCAACGAGAGAUUUCGCCCGCACCCCCUUCGAAUUCCAGUUAUAAUCACCGAGCACCCUCUCCCGCUCCAACUCACCACCAAAAUUAUGGGUCAAGAAGCCCUUCACCUAUGCCGGAAUAUCACCAUGGUGGUUCUAGGGCACCAUCUCCCGCCCCUCCUCAACACCACAACUACAUCUCCAGAUCUCCGUCACCGGCACCACCGCAGGAUGUGGGAUACAACCCGCGCGCUAUUUCACCCGCGCCACCACAUCAUGGUAACUAUGACAUGAGGGCCGCUUCGCCAGCUCCCCCACACCACGGGGGUUAUGAUAUGAGGGCGGCAUCACCAGCGCCGCCGCAUCACGGUGGCUAUGAUAUGCGGGCAGCUUCCCCAGCACCACUGCAACACAAUGCCUAUGGCAUGAGGGCAGCAUCGCCAGCUCCUCCCCAACAUGGUGGCUACGGCAUGAGAGCAGCGUCUCCAGCACCUCCGCAACAUCAUGCCUACGAUUCAAGGGCGCCAUCUCCAGCGCCCCCACAAGAUGAUGGAUUUGACCCCAGAGCACCAUCGCCCACUCCUUCAUACAUCCCUUACAGGCCUCCCGAGGCGAGACAACAGAGCUCUUUCCACCAGAGUGUGGAUUCGACAAUGCCAUCCGGGCCACCUCUCUCCCACCGCCACCAUGUACAUCAUAUGAGCUUAGAGAGGCACAACUCUCCAGCACCUCCUCAGCAUGGGAGACAGCACACGUACCAUCUAAGUCUCGACCGAAACAUUGAUAGGUCAGAUUCGCCUCCUCCACCACCACCGCCUCCCCACCGAACCAAGGUCACGCGGCAGGAGUCUCAGUUCUCUCAGGAUGAAGGUUACUUUACGGGCAUUUCCAGGGAGCAGUCAGCACUAUCGAGAGGAAAUUCCAAUGCUUCAUAUGGACAGGGCAACGUUUCACGACAUCACUCUAACGUGUCCUACGAACCACCACAACAAUCAGGUUUUCACACGCCGAGGACGCUUACAACCCCUUGCCCGCCCUCUCCUGGUAUCGAUGGCCUUACACCAUCACCGCUGAGAGAAGCGAUGGAUGAUGUGAUGGAGCAGUUGGAUGCUCUCGGUGCUGGUUCCACUGUCAGUGCCGGCCGUGAGCCAUCUCCAGAACCGCCUGUGUUGGACCCUUGGUCCCCUGCUUCGUUUGAUAUGGUGCAUGCGCGUUCAAGAAAGGAGCGGAAGCGGACCUCGCAGCUACGGCCCAAUACAUCAAUGGGGAUACCAGCUCAUAUUGACGAGGGGUAUGAAACAAACAGCGGUACGGCCGACUCGUCUGUGGAACCAACGCCACUCGAAAGCUCUCAAGAACCACAUCUCCCGCAGCUCAGCAACUAUGUCGAGCGCAUGGAAUCCAGACUCAGAACCAUGCACCAGCAUAAUGCUAGCGUUACUGAAGAGGACGAAGCCCCUCCACCGCCACCUAAGAGCAGCGUGUAUGACAGGCCAAAGUCUUCCAUGGGUAUGGAUGCCCCACCGGAGCAAAAGUUGAGGCACAAGAAGUCGGGCUAUGAAGGCGUGGGCCGGAAUAUCCUCAACAGGACCUUUACCACCAAAACCAAUUCAACAAAUAGCUCAUCGAACACGCAGAGUACCGAUCGGAGCUUGAUGAGCGGUGUGUCAGCUGGAGGAAUCAGCGCAACGAGCGCCGGCAGCCUUGCACGCAAGAAUCGGAGUAGGGCCCACAGCGCGCUUGGUUUGCGGGAGCUUCUAAACGACGCUGAUAGCGGUCGGCCUGAGACGCCCUUUUCAGGAGUGACUUAUCACAGUAGCCACGCGUCUGACCACCAGAAUCAGCAACGCCGCUCCAAGUCACAGUUGGGCUUCACCGAGGAUCCCAUGCCUGCGCUUCCCGGUCUUGGAGGUCUGGUAACACCCAAGCCGAAGAAGCAGAAUUUCAUCAAGCGCAUUCUGGAGUCUGCCAAGACGGGAGUGGCCAGCACGCGAGGAAGCAUCGCCGCUGCUGGAGCUAGCACCUCCAACCUUUCAUCCUCGAAUCGCUCUACACCUGCCCUAACGUCAAUGUCUUCUGCCGCGUUGCUCCCUAGCAAGAUGCCACCCCCCAGAGACAUGGGCAUGGGUGGCGGCGUUGAUUGGGUGCAGGUCCGUCGUGAUAUUAACCGGUCGAAUUCGCUGAGCUUCAACGAAAAGGUGGAGAGAAAAGAAAGAUGUCAGAUGUUGGAUUAUCCAGCGCUUGAUCCAGUCGACGAGCUGUACAGCAGUAUCGACGGUGAUGAGGGGGCUGAUGGGAUGCCGGUUGCUGAGCCGACCAACUAUCAUGCCAUUAACUUGAGCCAGGUGGACAAGAACUCGCGGUUCCUGACAAAUCUUGCGCCGACGACCACGGCCAUCACCUUGGCGACAACAUUCGUCUGCCGUCCCUAUCGGAGUGAUGUCCAGAGACUGCGAGCCAUCUUUACUUGGGUUGCUGAGCAUAUCUGCUGGGAAGAGGAUUUUGAGGGCGAGGUUGAUACUAGACAGGUCAUUCAGUCCCGACGUGGGUGUGCCGAGGAGUAUGCCGUGCUGGUGUUGGAAAUGUGCGCCGCCGUCGGCCUUGGCUGCGAGGUUGUUCGCGGCUACCUCAAAACUCCGGGAGAGAUUCCAGAAGUCAACAUCAUGCCCAGAUCCAACCACUGGUGGAACGCUGUCCUGGUCGAUAAUGAGUGGCGCUUCAUGGACUGCUGCCUUGCCAGUCCAUCGAACCCUAAGCGGGCCUUGUACUCGAGCCACGGCUCAUCAUCCGCCGACCCUUGGUGGUUCCUCGUCCGCCCAUCCGAGCUUUGCUGGACGCACAUCCCAGAGCACCACGCCCAGCAGCACCUGUGCCCACCCGUGGCCCACGAGACGCUCCUCAAUCUCCCCUGCGCUUGCCCGCCUUUCUUCAAGAACGAUCUGCAAAUGGUGGACUACAACACCUCCCUUGUCCGCAUCGAAGAUCUCGAGAUGGUCCACGUUAAGUUUAAUGUGCCUCCUGAUGUCGAAGUCGCCGCCGAGGUUGAGGUCCGGGCUUACUCCCGAGAUAUGGACGGCGACCUUUUUGAGUCUGGCGAUGUAGUAAAGAAGCGAGCUCUCGCCCAGGCAGACUGGCAUGGCAGCGUGAAGCGGUACACGGUCAAGGCUCUCCUCCCCGGCGACGAAGGAACCGGUGUCCUGAAAAUCUAUGCCGGCAAGCGUGGGUUGAUGCACAGCAUCAAGGACAUCCCCCAUCCCUUGGCUUUUGCCCUGCCAGUCAUCCACACGGGCGAAAACCCACCCUACGAAUUCGUCACCCGCCACCCCACCCCCCACGCGCAAAGACACGACAUUUACGUUGUCCAACCCCAGUGCCAGCGGUUAGCACUGAACAACACGUUUGUCUUCGCCAUCCGUCAACAUCCCAGCUCGGCAGCCAUCACGCCCGUGUCCCCCGCCGAGGAAAACAGAAGGGGAGGCGCGAGCCCGAUACCGUUUAUGCGGCCUGGUAGUGCCAUGAGCAUGACUAGUAGUGCGGCUGGGUCCAUGCCGUCGACGACUACAUCCAACAGCAGCGGGGGCAGUAGCAAGCCGGCGAAACUGGCGAUUCAAACCCCAGGAGGAAAAAUCUUGAGGUUGAUGAGAAAGGAGGAGAGGAGAGGGGUGGGAAUCGCGGGCAAGAUCAUGUCGCCCAGCUCGUCGGGGUUGCACAACGAGGAAGGGGUGGAUGCGGGGGAUGGGGGGUUGUGGGAGACGAUUAUCAAAUGUAGCGAGCGGGGCGUCUGGAGGGGGUUGGUGCUUGCUGAUCGGACGGCUAGGUGGUGUGUUUUCGCGGAGUGGGUUUGCGAGGGUUAA